AUGGUCGGGGAAAAUGGAACCAACGUCCCCCUGGCGAUGAUGUGGGUCGCAGGCCGGUUGACGGGCAUGCAGUCGAACAUGCCGCACAAGAAGGCGAUCCCCGCGAAUUGGUGCAACCAGGUUAUCGUGCACAUCCUUGGUAUCAUGAAGGGGUUCGUGUUCCUUCUCCCGCUGGGUCAGAUAAAGCAGAUCUCAAAAGAUGAAGAUAAGCAAUGGCAGGACAUGGACCAGUUGGAGUACGAAGUGGCGUCCGACAAGAAGGUCAAGGCUGGCGAGGAGUGGUCUGAGGCCUUCGCCGCCCCCUACGCCACGGUGGAGGUCUUCGAGGCGGGGGAGGACGAGGAGAUCCAGCCCGAGGCCGCGACCCACGCCCACGGGCGCGUGAACCUGCCCGUCGGCGCGGGGAAGCGCAGCGAGGUGACGUCCAUCUCGUUCAGCGUGAUCACUGGCCUGGUGGGCAGUGACCUGCUGCACGACAUCACCAGCGUGACGCCAGGCAUCUUCUUCGAGGUCGCCUGGGCGCCCGUCGAGGGCUCAGACGACAAGGGGACGCUGACGCUAACGCCGAUCGAGGCCAAGGGCUUCCCGGCCCCCGGGGCCAGCCGAAGGUGGAAGCUGCGCGUCGGCGUGCACGAGACGAUGUUCGGCCCCUCCACGCGCAAGUGCAUGAGCCUCGGCGCCGCGGGCGCCGCGGAGUGGGACGAGUCCGUCGAGUUCAGCGUCGACUGGUCAAAGCAGCAGGACGGUCAGGCCGCCAAGGACCAGCAGGCCGAGCAGGACCUGGGAACGGUGAAGGAUCGUCUGGACAGGCAGAGUAUCAUCCUGGAGGCCCUCGAGGACGUGGGCCGAAGAGCAAGUCAGGCAAGCCAGGGCAGCAAGGGCGCAGUGCGGAAGAAGAAGUGA